UUUUCCUUUGCCAAGAUAAUCCAUCCACCUGACAGGUGUGGCAUAUCAAGAAGCUUGUGUCCUAUAUUUAUAGUGUGUUAUACUGUAGCAUUGUAUUGAUGUAUUAAUGUUGAUUGUUUUCUGCCCAAGGACUACAGAUGAAAAUUGGCUAUCUAGCUAAAUCUGGUGCAAUGGAAUGUUGUACACGAUCCCUUACAAAUAAACGUGAUAAUAAUAAUGCUUUGGUUUUAACAGUCACAUUAGAGGUCAAAGAUGACUAUUUCGUAAAUAUCUCUAGUGCUGCUGAUAAUCCUCUAGCUUUGACCUAUUUCUCUUCCUAAAAAGCUACCCAGACGGAGGGUAAAUUAAUGACAAUACAAAAAUAAGAAUUUUAAAGCCAAAGCUUUUUACAGUGCAGCAAGAUAAUCUUAGGUUAAAGUUCAUCUCUAAAAUCAAUUCUGGAUUGUCCUCAACAUUAAAUCACAUUUUUUCCCUGGCAGAUUACUUCAAAAAUCACCAUCGGCCACCAGUUUCUGAUCAAAUAAGUCUAAUAAGUCCACAGCAAGGAGAUGAGUGUGCGACAGACUUCCAUGAUCAUUUGUAUGGUUAGAGAAGCAAAAGUAGUUGUAGGGUACUAAAGUAUAUAAUGACAUCAUCAUGUUCUGUCCCCAUCUCCUCCAGCUGUUGGGAGCUCAGUACAGUGAUGUGUUUAAUUACACACUGUGGGAUAUCCCCUCUUUUCCCUCUAUUCAACACAGGGUAGCUGUGUGGCCAUGGUUACGUCCCAAAUGCACCCUAUUCCCUAUAUAGGGCACAACUGUUGACCAGAGCCCUCCAGGGCCCAUAGGGCUCUGGUCAAAAGUAGUGCACUGUAUAGGGAAAAGGGUGCCAUUUAGGACACAAGCUUUAUCAGGCCACGGUCUGGCGGGUUUUAUAAGCAGAAAGAGUUGAAGCUUUGGGAGCAGAGCUGUAGCAUAGCCUUGGACAGGCCAGCAGCAGGUUGGACAUGCUUCUGUCAAUUCCGGAGAGUGAGAGACAACGGCUCACUUGCCCAGGAUUAACUGGGAUAGAGAGAGGAUUACGCUCUUCUCUCCUUUCUUUCCGGCUCGCUACGUAGUAAAAGCACAGACCUGUUACCAGCAGAUCCCCUGGGGAUUCUCACUCUGCGGCAAAAAUCGGUGAACUGUAUUAUACAGAUGACAAAUCCUCCUCUGGAGCUAAAUAUUAAGGGUUGAGGAAGCGGGUCAAAGGGACUGCAAGAAAGGAGACCACAGAGGUAAGUAGUGCGCACGCAGGAAUGUGUGUUAAGUCUUUUAUAGUUGGCACGAGCCCAGAUACAGUAGACUCUCACUCUGACCGUUUUCAGGAUUUUCAUUGUUUUCCCAUCAAGGGGAUCCACUGUUUUUAAUCCAAGUAUUACUACAUAUUAGAGUCAAUUUGACGCACCCACCCGUCAAGUAACAUGAUGAAAAAUCCUCAUACUUCGGUUUAAGAUGUAAUACUACGAGUAUUGUUUUUUUCUUUCUGUUGAAUGGGUGACAUUGACCCACACAGGGACAUGGUAGCACGUAGAAUACGGAAUUAGAAGAGACUGUGUUUAAGUGUGCCAUUGACCUUUGAACCCUGAGUUUAUUUCACACUCAGGGCAUUUAAAUUACCCCUAGGGCUUUUAAUGUGUGACAGUUAUUAACACCCCGUUGACAUCCAUCAUAGCAGAACUGAUGACUAUGUACUAGACAUGGAGUCUUAUUAAUCAGGAUUAAUGUUAUGUUAUUGUUAUCUAAAAUGUGUACAAAGAUUAGAUGUUAUCAUUCAGCUUUUAGAUGAACUAUUAAGCAAUAUUCUUAAAAAAAAAAAAAAUGUAUUACAUUUUCUUUGUUCAUUUCUCUCGUUCCAAUGUCUGGGUUGGGGUGAAUUUCCAGCAGUCAGUGCUGGGUGAUCACCAUGAGGCAGGCUGUGGAAGCCGAGAGGGUGAUGUUGUCCCCUAGACCGAGUGAACAUGGCCUAAGGCAGAUCCUGUCUGACGUGGUAGAGGAGGUGAAACAUUCCAUCAAUAAGGAAAUCAACGGAGCAAAGCUCCUAAACAGCCUCCUCAACGCCCCCUGGCUUAAGUCUCUGCUCCAAGUGUAUGAGUGUCUGCAGCAACACCAGAGAGAGCCAGCUGCUCCCUUCCUACCGUACACAACACAGCUCAUCCAACAGAUUCUGGCUGACCUCAGAACAGUUCGGAACACUUCUGCUGAGGCCAGGGAGCUUUACAGUCUCCUCAGAGGACCACAUUUCCAGGCUCUGACAUCAGCCCAUGAUACGGUGGCCCAGAAGGACUAUAACCCUGUGCUGCCUCCUAUCCCUGACAACCUCGCUGACGAUGAGGAGGCCAUGAGGAUAGUCUGUCUGGUGAAGAACAAGCAGCAGCUGGGAGCCACGAUAAAGCGAAAUGGGAUAACAGGGGAGAUCUUUGUGGCACGGAUGAUCCAUGGAGGACUGGCAGAUCGUGGCGGUCUGCUGCAUGCAGGGGACAGGAUCACAGGGGUGAAUGGCUACUCUGUAGAUGGCCUGGAGCCUGAGUAGGUCAUUGAGACACUGGCCCAGUCUCAAGGCACUCUCAUGUCCAAAGUGGUUCCCAUCACAGAUAGACCAGUCAGCAACCAGACGAUAUGUGUCUCCUGGUGUCCCAGCUGUAUGUGCUUGUCAUGGCAGACUACAGUCCCCAGCAGGACCCGGCCA